AUGCCUCCUAGGCAGCGCGGACGAGAGGGCCGACCCUCGCGGACCAACGAGGAGGUCAAUCAGCGUCGCCCGAAUCGCAAAAGUCGCCAACAUGAUCGACCAGCAAUGUGCGCGGAAGAUGUUGAGAAACUUGUGAAUGACCGACUUCGAGACUUGAAGACUGGCAGGAACCUCGAGGAUGCACUACGUAAGGAGAUGGACCAGGCAAUCUCUACUCAUUUCACCCCUAAAAUCGAGCAGGCUACUCCCCCGAAGCGAUUCUCAACGCCUUCGUUUACGCAUUUCAAGGGAGAUUCCGAUCCUGAGAGCCACCUAAAACACUUCAAAAGUGUCAUGAUCCUCCACAAGGCCAACGACGCACUGAUGUGCAAGGCAUUUGCAAUGACCUUGCGAGGAGCAACUCAGGACUGGUUCCACACCCUGCCAUCUGAGUCGAUCAACAGUUUCAAGGAGCUUGCAUAUGUCUUCACUAAAGAAUACACUUCUUAUCGGACGAUCAAGAAGAACCCAGAUCAUCUGUUCAACCUGCGCAAGAAUCCCGACGAAUCCAUUCGAGAUUACAUCAAGAGGUUCAAAGCAGAAAAGGCCAACAUCGUAGGGUGCGACGACCAAAUGGCAUCAUCUGCCUUCAAGAAAGGUCUUCCAGCAGAAUACGAGUUAUACCGCGAGCUGACUAUCACUCCCAGCCAGACUUUAGCAGAGGUCUUCACUACCGCAGAACGUUACGCGCUCUAG